CACCCCUAUCCUUUUGAAAUAAAGUCGUUUCCUGUGUUUCUAAAGUGGCAUUUCUGCUCCUCCCCUUGUCAAGCUUGUCCUGUUGCUCCUCCCUGUUUCUCAGUUCCUCUAGUUUUCAGCCUAACAUCAGCUGUGGUUAAGCCAUUCUUACCUUCCACAGGUUCUGUACUCCACGAUGUCUGUAAAGAGAUGGAAUACGACUAGGAUAGCAUCAUCAUCCAGACUGAUUCCUGAGAGGAAGGACUUGAAACUCCUCAUAAAUAAUAUCCUGAAGAAUACUAAGGUUGACCCAGAAGCACAAAAGAAUGAUUUGGUUGUACUGAGCGACUGGCCUGAGACUCUAUAUGAAGAGUCCCACCAUCCCCAGAAUAAGCCUCUGGUCUGCUUCUACUCCAUCAAUGACAACUAUUUUGUCUCCUUAAACUGGAUGGAUCCGUGUAAAAAACAAAUGCAGACAGUACUUUGGACCCAGAAAAAAGAUAAAGAACUGGGCAGAAUGAUAAAGAAGACAUUUCCCAUGAUGGAUCAAGUGCCCCCCAUCCAAGCAAUGGUCCACACAGGUUCCUACCACAUGUUAAUUGCUUACUGCGGUGACAUGUGCCUGCGGCUCUUUGGAGAUCACCAUCAAGCAUUCAGAUCCCUGAGUACGGUGCCCUGCCAUUUCUCCAUCAACUGCCUCUGCUAUGACUCAGAAACUGAGAUGUUGUUGUCUGGCACCUUGGGGGCCGUGGUUACCUGGUUCAUUUUGCCAAAUGGCAAGGGCCUCCAGGUGGCUCAGACAGUGUCCAUGCCUAGUCAUGAGCUUGUACAGGGUUUUUCCCUGAAUGGCCCCCAGGGCUCCCUCCUGGUUCUGUGUGAGAAUACAGUGAAGGUCUUCACCCACCAGGAUCAGGGUCAGCUGGAAGAGGUAAAGAGGUUUACUCCCAUAGCCAGUGGCUCCUCCAUCACCUGCGCCUUCACCUGUGUCCCUCAGGGCUAUCUUUAUGCCGGAAAUAGGGCUGGGGAGAUCCAUGCUUGGGGUCUAGACCAGGAUAACUUCCUCCACAGCUUCCAGGCCCACUCCUCAUCCGUGAUAUGUAUCCACAGCCGGCCAGACAUCCACACCUUACUAACGGCCGGCAGUGAAGGCGUAGUCAGGGAGUGGAAUCUUACUUCUGGGAACUUGCUGCGGCAGCUGGAUGUUGAUGAGAAUCUGCAGCAACUGCAGUUUAUCGAUAACAUGACUUUUUUCUGCCAGACAACCUACACUUUCUCAUUGUACCACCUUCCCUACUUUUAUACCCUCUUCCACGUGUGUGGUUCUGCUCCUCAGCGAGUGCAGCGGGUCUGCUGCAGCCAUAAUUGGACUCGGAUCCUGUGUGCCACUGAGGAUGGCUUGUUGCGCUUCCUGUCUCCAGUAACAGGAGAUCUCCUGGUUAUCACCUGGCCUCUCCUUCUCAUGGACAAGGCUGUGGAUUGGGCCUAUGACUCAGACAGGGAGGAGCUCUUUGUGGCAACGGGCAGUUCAGAUGUGCUGGUGUUUGAUGCAACUCGAUCUCCUUGCACAGCCAAGUAUCUUGUGUGCACUUCAGUAAACUCUGGCGAUAGUAUAACAUGCCUGGCCUAUGGGAAGUCCAGUUUGGGUAAGGGCCUACAAGGGCUGAUGUUCUGUGGGCACCAGAGUGGGAUUGUGAGAACCCUUUCGCACUACAGCUGUGCCCGAAUAGAGAAGACUAUUCACUCGGGGGCGGUAUUGGCACUGUCUACCCUGGAAGGUCCCCAUCAAAACUCCUUGCUCUGUUCGUAUGGCAUGGAUAGCUUUGUCCACCUGACAGAGGCUAUGCUCCAGGGGAACAAGGUAAUCCUACAGCCUCUCAGCAAAAUUCUCAGUAGUUGCCCCCUCAAACAUGUGAUACUCUUGCCGGGUUCCGUGGGUGCCAUCACUGAGAACCACUGCUGGCACCUCUGGCACUAUCAGGACAUUCUGACGGCUUCAGCAUCAGAACAAAGCUCUACGUUCAGAGAGACAAAAUGCCUGCACAAGUGUGCCAUCACUUCAUUUGAUGUCUGCCUUUCCCUGGAACUUUUUGUCACGGGGGGCAUUGAUGGCUCAGUUCGGAUAUGGAACUUCCAUGGUAGACUAAUAGCUGAGUUGAACUCGGCAUUUCAUUUUGGCCCACUCUGCUUUGCCAAUAAUCGGGGUGACCUGCUUUUGACUUUGAAUCAGAGUCUCUACCUGGUAUCCUGCUUAAAACUGCUUCCUCCAGCUUUGCUGACUCACCUAGCUAUCCUAAACAUUGCAGAUGAAAUACAAGAACUCCCUAAGCCCUUCGUGCCUAGCUUUUUUUUUUCUUUUGAAAUAGUAUUUGUGCCCAAAUUUGUUUACCUUGGACAAGGGCUGCAGGAAUUACAGGGGCUAGAGACCCUUGUCAAUAGGCGGGUCAUUGCCUUUGACAACACUGUGCCCCACGUAGUUGAGGAAGAGAGUAGGCCCCCUGAGAAUCAAGAACUCAAGCUGCAUUUCUUGGAGGAAAAGGAUAUCGAUUUGUCUAAUCUCAACCCUGAGCAUAAUCGUCCCCCACAUGUGGUGCCUGCCCAGUUACUGCUGUCUGGCUGGGACGGACUCAACCCCUACCAUGUAUUACAGCACUUCUUUGGUCAAGGGCGGCAGUGGCUCUUUGCCCCCGAUGGUUACAUCCCCAACUCAGUGAUCCGUGCCCGUCUUUGGCCUGAGGGUACGCCAAUCUUCUUGUGCUGUGAUCUGCGUCCACCCUGCCGAGAUAAGGCCUGGGACAUGACUGAACCCUUUAGACCCAAGGCACAUGUACCUAUGGGUCUGGAAGAAGAGAAAACCUCAGUGAGUGAACAGGUGGACAAAUGCAAGGAUCUGGAAAGAACUUCCUAUAAUGCCUUCCUAAACAUGAAAAACCGAAAUUGGAUGGGAAGAAAAUUUAGUGAAGGUCUUAUGGAUAAUUUAAUUGAGGCUAUCCUCAACCUCACAAUAUACUGUUCUGUCGAGAACUACAAGAAAUAUCUUAGUGCCCUGGCACAAAUUUUUGCCACUUACCAGGUACGUCCAAGGUUGCGUUCUGAGGCUGCCCAUCGCCUCCUGGAUGAUACAACCCAUUAUAAUCCAAGUAUCCGCACGCUAGCCUGGGAGGGGCUGGAUAGGCUAGGCCUCAUGAACCAUCUCUUUGCUAUUCCACUGGCUAUGGGAUUGAUGGACAGUGAUAAAAAUGUGCGGACUAAGGCCUUAUACCUUAUGACAAGAGUUGCAGGCAUCCAAACUAAGACCACGCUGGUACACCUGCUGCAGAAACGAGAAACUUUGCAGGAAAUGCAGCAGGAAAUUAUCGGGGAAGACUCUAUGACCCAGCUGCUUGGGAUUCAGGCUGCAGAUAUCCAGUUCCUGCUUACUAAUGUGGAGGAGCUGCUUAAUGAAAAUCUGACCCUGUCACAUAAAGAGCAACCAUUUUGUUUCUCUUUUGAUAUAUCAAGGGCUGAUGAAUUUGAGGCCCUUGCCAAACCAACACUCAUACCGAAAAAGAAAAGCAGGAGACGUGUUCAAGUAAAGAGCAAAAUACUUAUUAAAAAGGACCUGAGAGCUUCCAGGAAGGACAGAGAGAAAGAAUUGGGAAAGUUAAACUCUGAGCUAGUGUCUGCAGAGGAUGAAGGGGUACAAAGAGAGGCCAAGAAAUCAGGGAAAAUUGACACCAAGCAUGUUACCUUCAGCCCAGUCCAGUCACAGGAUGAUAUUGAAGCAAAGGAGGUCAUGCCGGAGGCCACAGAAGCCAUGGAGGCCACAGGUCAACUUAACAUGAAAGAUAAUGGAGAGGUGAUCCAAUUGGAUGAGAGCGUACUGGAAGAGCCAGCUAUCAUAACAGAAAAAGUGGUUGAAGAGGCUGUCAAGGAAGAAGAGACAGUAGAAUUGAGGGAACAAGAGCAUAAAAAAGUAUUAAAUAAGAGCAAGAAAUUUUCUCAAAAAGUCAAGAAAAAGCAGUUUUCUCUUUUAGAAGGUGACCUAGUCUUAGGGAAAAGUAUAGUUCGAGGGGAAGUAAGGAAACUGGCCAAGCAAGAGGGGAAAAUACCUGAGGAAGAGAGGGAAUUGAAUAAACCAGAGAAAAAAUCAAGGCAGGUAAAGGAGAAACUGACCAAGCAUAAAAAAAACGUCACCCAUCAAGAAGGAGAAAUGCCCUGGGAAGGAGAAAUACCAGCUUUCCCACAAAAGAAACUAACCAAGGAUGAGCAGAAGUUAGCCCUAAAAGAAAAGAGACUGACUGGAGAAAAGGGAAAACUGGGGAAAGGAAAAAAAAUGACCUGGAAAGAAGAGAAGCCAAACCUGGGAAGGAAGAAGCUGGCCUGGGAAAAGAGGAUGCUGGCCCAGAAAGAAGGCAUGUGGACCAAGGAAGAGGGGCUGCUGGUCUGGAAAGACAGAACGUUGGCCCAGGCAGAGAUGGAACUGGGUGAGGAAGAGGAGGAACUGGGUGAGGAAGAGGAGAAACUGGGUGAGGAAGGGGAGGAACUGGCUGAGGAAGAGGAGGAACUGGCUGAGGAAGAGGAGGAACUGGCUGAGGAAGAGGAGGAACUGGCUGAGGAAGAGGAGAAACAGACUGGGAGAGAGGAGGAACAGACUGGGAAAGAGGAGGAACUGGCCUGGAAAGAGGAAGAACUGGCCUGGGAAGAGGGAGAACUGGCCUGGCAGGAAGAGGAAUCGGCCUGGGAAGAGGAGGAACUAAUCCUGAACAUGGAGAAACAACUUAGAGAAGAGAAGAAAAAGUUCCACAAAAAGGAGAAAUACAUACAAGAAAAGGAGAAAGAUGUUGAGGAUGAGGAGAAACGGGCCUGGAAAAGGAGCAAAUUGGCCCACAAAGAGGAACAGUUGUCUAAAGAAGAAAAAGAACUAUCUGAGGAGAAGAGGAAAAUGGUAUUAGAAAAGAAGAGCAUGACAGAACAAGAGAAUAAGUUGGCCCAAGAAAAGGAGAACUGGUUAGGAAAAAAGGAAAAAGAGGCUCAUAAAAGGAAGAAAAAAAUCAAAGAAGAGAAAAAACAAGUUAGGGAAGAAGAUGAACAGAAAAAACAAGACCAGAAAGAGAGGCACGCUCAGAAAGAGAAAGAGGCUAAGGAUAAUAAACAACGAGCUUGGGAAAGACAGAAAAUGGACCUAGAAGAAAAGGAAAAGUUUGGAACAAUGGAGAAGUUAUCAAAACAAAAAGAUAAACAGGCCCAGAAAGAGGAGAGGAAAGCUUGGAUAGAGAAAAGAAGGUCACAGAAACAGAAAAAGACAACUGAGGAAACGAAACAACAGACUUGGGAAAAAGAGAAGAUGGACUUGGAAAAGGAGGAACAAGCUAGAGAAAUGGAGGAAUGGUCACUAGAAGAAGAGAAACAGGUCCGGGAGGAAAAGAGAUGGGGUCAGAAAGAGGAGAAAUUGGCUCGAGAAGUAAAGAAAGAGGCUGAGGAAAAAGAACAACGGUCCAGAAUAAAGGUGAAACUGGGCCCAGAAGAGGAGAAAAAGAUGGAGGAAACUGAGAAAGGGUCCCAAAAAGAAGAGAAACAGGCCAUGGAAAAAGAGAAAUGGGCCAAGAAAAAGGAGAAAUGGAUUGGAAAAGAUGAAAAAGCAAUUGAGAAACAAAAACAGUGGCCCAGGGAAAAAGAGAAACAGACAGAGAAAGAGAGAAUAUGGGGUAAGAAAGAGGAGAAAUGGUCCCAGAAAGAGGAGACAAAGGUUGAGCAGAUAAAACAACGGACUUGGGAAAAAGAGAAAUUGUCCUUAGAAGAGAAGGAACAGGCUGGUGAAAUGGAGAAACAAUCCCAGGAACAAGAGGAAGAGGCCAAGGAAGAAAAGGAAAGGGCAUUGAAGAAGAGACCAACCCAGAAAGACAGCAAACUGGCCAAGGAAGAGAGGCAUAUUGCUGAGAAAGAAAAGACAACAACCAAGGAAGAUAUUGCCAUAAUCAAGAGAAAGGAAAAAAUACCCCAAGAUGAGAAAGAAAUUAUGACACAAAAGGAUACAUUGUCUCAGGAAGAGAGGGAAUUGGUCUAUGAUAAUAGUAGCAAAGAGAGGGAUGUCACCAAGAAAAAAAAGAAAAUGACCAAAGAGGAGAGAAUACAGGCAUUGAGGAAACUGGAUAUGGAAAAGGGGAUUCAUUUAGAAGAAAAUGAGGCUAGUUCCAGGGAAAAGAAUAUAUGGGUGGAAGAGAGCGCAUUGUUGAAGAUUCUGGCUAGGACAAUUAGAGAAACGAGUAAAGAGCCUUUGGAAGGAAUUGAAAUUGAUGGCCACGGGUGGGAAUUUUUUAAGGAACAAGAGGAAAUAGCCAAAGAAGAUAAAGAACUGUCUCUGGAAGAGAGACAAUUAGAAGAUGAUAGCAGAAUGGCCAGCCAAAGGAGAACACUGACCGAUGAAGAGAGCUUGGAGGAGGACCGAAGGUUAGUAGAAAGGGUCCAGGAAAAGGCACUAUUAGAUAAAACCCAGGUAGAGAGAAUAUUAAAGGAGGUCCAGGAGCAAAAUAUCUUAGAAAAGAGGCAUCUAGAGGAGCUUCUGAAGAGGAUUGAGGAGAAUGAACCAGAAAAGAUCCAGGUGAAGUGGUUAUUAGAGAAUACCAGAGAUACAAUGUUUGAGAAAUUAUAUGAGAGCUUGAUUGAGAAGGGAAUAGAGGAAGGUUUCACUAAGCAGGGGAAAGAGGAGGAGAGCCUGACUGAAGAGGGGAAAGAGGGGGAGAUCCUGUCCGUGAGGAAGAAAAGGAAAUAUUCAAUAGAGAAGUGGGAGCAGAACGUCAGCCAAAGUGAAGAGAAACUGGGGAACUUGGCUAAAAAAGGUAAACAAAAGACCUUGGCUCAAAAGAGGGAAAAGGAAAAGAGGUUAACUAAGGAAAAACAAAGGCUGACUAAGAAAAAAAAGGAGGGCUCAAGUGAGGAACAGCUCCUGUGUGAGGAGGUGCAUCUCAGUGAGGAGGAAGAGAGCCUGAGCGAGGAAGAGGAGGAGAGCCUGAGUGAGGAAGAGGAGGAGAGCCUGAGUGAGGAAGAGGAGAGCCUGAGGGACAAGGGGGAGGAGAGCCUGAGGAAGGAGGAGGAGAAAAGCAUGAGGGAGGAGGACGAGGAGGAGGAGAGCCUGAGGGAGGAGGAGGAGGAGAAGAGCCUGAGGGAGGAGGAGGAGGAGAGCCUGAGGGAGGGGGAGGGGGUGGAGAGCCUGAAAGAACAGAAGUGCCUGAGCAAGGAGGAAGGGGAGAUGGAGAAGUUAGAGAAAAAAGAUGAAGAAAAGGAGGAAAGAGAGAAGGAUGUGAACAGAGUAUUGAAAAGAGAGCUCUCGGAGGAAAAAGUGAGCUUAUUCAAGGUAGUGAUGGAAGGGAAGGAGCUUGCUGAGAAACGGGAGGGUACAGCUAAAAGGGAAAUGCUUAUUAAAAGAGAGAGAUGGCUUGAUAAAAAGAGAGACCUCAGACCUAUGGACAAGGCUAUGUGGCCAACAGUUCUGAAGGGCCCCUUCAAAAUACCACUCCAGGUAGCCCGGGGGAAAAAAGAGGGAAUGGAUCUGGAAGUCUUAGAGGAUCAUUUGGGUUUUGAAGGACAGGACAGUCAACUUCUUCGAGUACACCCCAUGACAAGUUCAUGGGCAAGACAAGAGGAUAUACUCUUGGAGAAAGCCAGGGGCAUGUUUUUGCAAGUCAUGGGAACAAACUUAGAGACUCAUACCCCAGAAAGACUCCAUAGACCAGAGUCCCAGUUAUCUCAUGUUAUUGUGGAACCACAGACACCUGAACACAGGCCCAUAGGUGACAGGUGGAAGUGGGUCCUGAAGUAUCAGGAUUCCCAGAGGAGGAAAUCUGAGGGCCAGGCCCCAGCCCCAGCCUCAGCCCUAGCCUCUUCACCUGAAAUGCCAACUAAAAAAUACCCUAAGCCAGGUUACUCAGAAGCAAGCCUCUCAGAUGAGGGUUGGAUUAACAGCACCUUAAUAAGGUUGGAAGCAGGAGAGCAACUUUCCAGGGACAGUUUCCGUCGACUGAACCAGAUCCUUGGAGACUUCAGUUCAAAGCGACACUCGAAGUGGAUGCAUGAGGCCAAUCUUAAGGCCGUUGUUAAGCACCUCAGGCAGAACCUAGAGUUAAGUCACACUAAAGUAUCUCAACCAUAUAAGGACGUUUUGAGUCCAGUGCACUUAAAAGUGAUCCCUCCAAUUAGAAAAAGAGAAAAGGAGAGCUGGCUUGAACCAUUUCCUAUCCCAGAACGAGUGUUACCACCAGCCACUAAGAGGAUUCAAGCCCCACAGGCUGCAAAUUGGCACCUUUUAGGAGAACCUUACAGGAGUGAGCGGGCACAGCGGUUAGCCAAUGCUCUCAAAGAGAUGGAGAUGCGACCUUUUUAUCCUGCCACGAGAGACAUUUUCACAGAUGCCCAUAAUUCUGUGAACAAACAAACACUAGCACUCAUGUUUCAGAAGGACUUCUGGGCUCUUAAGUGUAAGAGUAGGCCCCCUAAAUUGCCCAAGUUGGAGAAGAAGGCACAGCCCAUCUCCAAAAAAAGGGAAGAGAUACCUCAAUGGGAGACAUUUGUGGCCCUAUACUAUGUCUUGCAGAGGUUGCAGGAGCAAUAUGGAAAAGACAGCACUACUUGGAUGGAACAGUUCUACCAGCUCAUGGACCUGUACCAACUUAAGUCCCCUCGGAUCCAGGGGCUUCUAUUAGAGUUGCUACAGAGAAAGAAACCUCACCCCCAAGAGACCAUCUACAAAGAGGCCCUGAAGACCAAGGAGCUGGUACUUGGCGAGCGGUUGUUUUGCUGUCUGUUUUGUGGUGGUUCUCAUGCCCCUGGAGGUCCCCUAAAAUUCCAGGAUGUGGUACCCCUUCCUGAGAAGAACAGGGUGCAUACUCUCCAACCUGUGGGCAUUGCCCAGUAUGGGUUCCUAGAACUUGCCUGGAAAAGCCUACCACAAGUUAACCCUUACCUUAUUAAGACGUUGUCUAACAUCCCAACUCUCUGAUUUGGCUUAACUAAUAUUAGAAUUUUGAAGUCCUGGUGGAAAAUGAACCUGGAUCACAGAUUUUAAGCCUUCUUACCUGGUGCCAACUUAGAGGUGGGACUAGGUGAUGGCAUGUCUUCAUUCAUCUCCAGAAACCUCCUACUUAACCUGUGUAUUGAAUAAAAUGAUGUUUCUCAUUUGU